GGGGUGAAGACUUGUGCCUGCGCAACACACACGGUGGGGGGUGAAGACUUGUGCCUGUGCAACACACACGGUGGGGGGUGAAGACUUGUGCCUGCGCAACACACACGGUGGGGGUGAAUUGCUGUGUGCGCAGCGCACGCUAACGGCACGGGACAUGGACACCGUAAUCUACCAUGGGCCCAUAAGCCGCACGAGGUGUGAGGAGUUACUAUCCAAGAAAAACAAGGACGGAAGUUUUCUCGUGCGGGACAGUGAAACCAUCCAAGGCGCCUUAUGUCUGUGUGUUUACAAAAACAGGAUAGUCUACACAUACCGGAUACUACAGACCCAUCAUGGAUAUUUUACCCUACAGACCAGUCAAGGUGUUCAAGAGAUGUUCUUCAAGAACCUGGAUGACCUGGUCAAGCAUUACAAGAGACGGAACCAAGGCCUCGCCACUCACCUGCGUCACGCUGUGAAGAGGAAAGAGAUGCUAGCAAACCCACACGUGCCUGACGAGGCGCCGGACUAUGAGAAUGUAGCAGACACAUCAGAAUAUGUUGAAGUGCUCCCGUCAUGAUUCAGCUAAUGGACGACGCCUUCUCUGGCCCGGCGCUGUUGGGUCAGCUAAUGGACAACGCCUUCUCUGGCCCGGUGCUGUUGGGUUAGCGGACUUCCUGCUGUGUAAAGCAUAAUGUACAUAGUUUAUUCCACCCCUAAACCUCCUCUUUGGUCCUGUAUUCAGAAGUUAUUUUCAGGGAAAAAUCCCCUCGUGGCCCUCACAUGGCUUUACUGUGCAUCUUCCUCCUCGUUUCUGGCUUGUCACCAUCUGUGAAGGAUUGUCCCGCCCACCCAAGUACUCUGGAUUGGUUCAGUACCCUGAUGAUGCACUAAUGGAUGGACGACUCAAUUGGCUCACAGUCUGGGUUGUGAUUGGUUGAAACGUAGAUGCAAAGCAGAUAUCCUCAGUCAUGACAUUGGGUGCAUUCAAGAUGGACUUCGGUCUGUCUGCAGCUGACGGCUGACGGUAGACCAGCCUGGACAACUUUCUCCUUCCAGCCGCAGUCUGCACCUGACGCGACUCACAUAUUGUGGAUUUCUGUUCCUUCGAGUUGUCUGAAUUGCAUAUAGUUUAAAUCUGCUUUUCUUUUCAUUCAAAUGUUUAGGAUGACUGACAGAGUAAAUUAUCAUGUUGUUGAAAUAAAUCACUGUGGCAGACAUUCAACAGAUCAGCACUGAAGCACAUUAAUUCGAUAUGAAGUGUUUUCUGCACAUCUGUAUUAGUAGUCUAGCCUGGCUCUCACGGCUAUGUGCUUCGGCUCAACUUUGUUUCGCUUCAGUACUGAGACAGGUACAGAUGAGCUCUCUUCGGAGAGCCACCAAUCAGCAGCGAGGAGAGGGUGUGGCUGAGAGAUGACGCUACUCUGAAUUGGCUACAUCCCCAGAUUCCCCACCCCUUUCUCGGAGGAAUCAGAGCAUGUGGACUACAUCAACAAGGCGAGCGGAAAGAGCUCAGACUUUUUUCUCAUAUUUUUGAGCAAAUGUGAGUAAAAGGUGCAAAAUAAGGUUGUGAGAGUCAUCUGUGUGUACGUUGGAUUUAGGGGACCAUUACAUUUCUAUUUCAGCUCUUACUAACAGGAGUGUCAAGUCACAGUCGAGCUGGCUAUAUAGGUUUGGCAAGUUUAACUUCACAUGUUCUAACACCAACUAAAUACAAGCCUUAAUUUUAUCACGUGAAUCCUCUUGUAUUCCCCACUAACUAACUAAGAUGAGACGUGCUUGCUGAAAAAUCUCUCAGGAACGCUUUCAUGUAUCGAAACCAAACUGGGUGCAUGAGCUCGAGACUCCGACGUGAGAAUGCACAGAACCUUUGACUAGUAUGCCCAAUGUUGAAAAAUUUGUUGCAGGAUUCACAAAUAAGGAGGUAUCCUUAAAUUCAGAUUUUAAAAAAAAAGUAUUCAAGCAUUCUAACAUAGGCCUAAAGCACAUUUUUUUUUCAUGGGAGAUUCCUGCCAAUUUAAACUGUCUGGCCCCUGCAAGGUUUUAGUACCAUGUGAUGUGAUGAUGUUUCAAGCAUCUAUCCAAGAAGUUGUGUUGAACUGUGUGGUUCAACCCUGCACACGCAAUAUUAGCUGACAUUCAUUACUCCUGAAGUAAGUCCUGAAAGGAUUGAUUUAAGCCAAUGCUGAAUGCGUUGAUUUAAUACCUUAAGAUGAACGGACCCAACAACUGCUUAUUUGGCUCUUGAUAUGUCUUGUUAAACAUAGCAGACAUCUUAAGGACAUGUUAACAUGGUUAAAACCUGGUGGUAGAAAGAUGUGGUCUUUAAAAAAUCAAUUGUAUUGCUCAGGAUCAAUUGUAUAGAUUUUUUUACAUGAUAUAUUGCGGUGAAUA